ACGAUUGCGAUGGCUUCCGACCAUCAUGUUCGGUGUCUGCCGUUGCUGGUGCUGAUCCUUCUGCUCGGCGAUGCUGGCCAGGCUGCCGAUCCCGUGGGCACGGGUGGACCGUCCAUGGUGCACGUCGGUGAGGACGCACUGCUAACGUGCGUGGUGAUGACGCCCUACAACAACGAUACCGUGCUGUGGCGCAAAGGACCUCACGAAAUCCUAUCAGCUGGCAUAAACCGGGUCACCGGCGACAAGCGGAUCAGCGUCCUGCACGAUGACUCGCCCAAAGGCAGAACCCCGCUCGGUGGCGACGUGUGGGUGCUUCUUAUCAAGGAAGCACGUUUGAACGAUUCCGACGUGUAUGUGUGCGAGGUGAACAGUGACCCGAUUGUAAGGAGCUUCCAUCCGCUAACAGUUCGGCAACCGAAGAAGAAAACGCCUUCAAGUCGAAACACGACCGAAUCACCGAACAGUGGCAGCAGCAGCACCACAUCGUUGCCCGGACAGUCAACCUCACCGGAAUCCUCGGUAACCUCGGAAGAAGACGAUUCGUCCGACAUGUACACCGACUCGGAGGAGGAAGUGAGCCAGGACGGUGUGCCACUGGUGACGCACGAUUUCACCGACUGCUGUCACGCGAACAACGUGUCCGAAGGCUGCAUGGGUUUCUGUGUGCUGCACAACAUUCUGGACGGAUCGGCCGGUGCAGAACCGGAGCAGUGUGAGCGAGACUUUCCCAACAUUGUGCGGUGUAUGGCAGACGGCCGCAACCAUGUGCCGUGCUGCGUGGAGAAGGGCAUCCCGGACCUCUGUCAGGAUAUGUGCCGUGGGGAGUAUACGCCCUUUACCGAUCUACUUAAGUCGCGUGUGUCUUGCGUGCAGCACACGCUACCUGGUUUACAGUGCAUUCUGGAUAACAUUCAACGACUCCCGUCGGAGCCACAAUCCGUUUCGGUGGAACCGCUAACAGAGCGUUCGCUGCAGGUUAGCUGGCAGGCACCGGAGAAGCUGGCAGCCAGUGUAAAAUACUACCAAAUCAAUGCGACCCGGCUGCAUGCGUUCGAUCAGGACUUUCUGGCAAACGCAACGGACGCGAAGGAUGGACUGGUGACACUGCAAGUUACUGCCGAUCAAACGACGGCUGUACUGAACAACCUGACACCGUUCACGAUGUACACCGUCACCGUGAGUGCACACAAUGAUCACGGUUCGAGUCUGCCCAGUAUGCGCAUUCGGGCCCUUACGCUGGAGGGUGGUGUGGUCAGCAAGCAGACCAGUGUUGCCGUCGUCCCGGUGCUUCCCGAUGUGCGUGGCUGUUGCACGAAGAAAGGCAUCACCCAUCGCACCUGUCUGGAGAAGAUGUGCGAUCCGGUGAAGGCCGACUUUACCGAGGUGCCCGAUCUGAUGGUUUGCGCACCGUGGGCCAACAUCACCUUUGCCUGUCUGGCCAACAACAUCGACCAUACGCCGUGCUGCAAAAGCCGUGGUAUCCCGGAAGGAUGUCUUUCCUUCUGUUCCGGCACCGUUAAAGCGAUCAACUUCAACUACUUCAAAUGCCUUCAGUACAUGUCCGAGUACAGUAGCUGUUUGCUGCAGGGAUACGGUGUACUUUCGGGACCUCCAUCGAAGCUAAAGGCUCCACUGAUAGCCAGCCAUUUUGUGGUGCUGGAAUGGAAACCACCAAAGAUUUUACCGGAUACGGUUACUGCUUAUCACUUGCACUAUAGGAAGUUGGGCAGCGGCGAGGAGUACACCGUACUGGAGAAAGAUCAAGCACCGGUCAUCGUGGAGGAUUUGGAAGCGGCCACCUACUAUGAAGCGUUUGUUGUUGCUGUUAAUGCGCACGGUAAGGGUGGCCCAUCACCUCGUUUAGUUUUCCAAACGAAGCGCGAUAUGGCGAUGGAACCGGCCCACACGCACUACAACAUUUCGGCCUGUUGUCACGCGUCUGGUUUACUGCCGCAGUGUGCUCCACUCUGUAGCUACGACGCUAAGAUGUCAGACAUUCAGAAGCUGGGUAACACGUGCCGGGGACAGAUCGGAACUAUAGUGCGCUGUAGUGCUGGUGGACGGGAUCACACGGCUUGCUGUAAUCGUCGUGCUGUGCCACCCAAAUGUCAGUCCCUAUGUCGAGGCGUUAUUACAAGUUCACCGGCGGAGUGUUUGCCAUUUGCGGGCAACAUCAUACAGUGUUUUGAGGAAGGCAUCGGACACAUCCCGGCACCGGUGGAAGAUCUGCACGUUACGUCCGUAACGAACACUUCCAUCUCGCUUGCCUGGGUACCGUCGGAGAUGGAAGCAAACAGUACGGAAAACAAACCGACCGAUUAUUUGGUCCAGUACGGCAAGGUGAACAACAUGACCAUGUACGAGACAGUGAUCAAGCUGGAGCAUGAACUGAACACAACCGAAACAGAUAUUGAACUGAAGGACCUAGAACCGAAGGCACUCUAUCGCAUCACGGUAGUGUCCCGCGGAGAGCAUGGUACGUCACUACCCUCAUCCAUGCUGUUGAUCAACACCUCACGAACGGAUUCGGCCAGCACGGUUUACGGCGCACCUUCGCCACCACAUUCGCUGGCAGUAUCGGCCCACAGUGCCACCUGGAUCACGGUAUCCUGGCAGCCGCCAGAGUUUUCGCAUCCACACGAAACCAUCACCUACCGGGUGAUACACAAGGUAGCCAACAACUACACCGUCAUCGAUACGCGACUACUGUGGGUGCGGGUCAACAAUUUGCUCCCGAAUACACAGCACAUCGUGUACGUGGUGGCAAUCGGUUCGAAGGGAACCAGCCUGCCGUCAGAGACGCUCGUGGCCUGGACCGAUCCUGCACUACCGGCGUACGUUGAUCCCCCGACAGUGCACCCAUCCGAUAUCAUCUCCGAGGGUGGUUCCAUGACCAUUCUCUGUCUGGCAAUGGGCAAUCCAGCACCAACGAUCUCACUCUACGUCGGUGGACAUCUUGUGCGGCAGGAUACGUCACGGCACAUGAUUACCGUGAUACACAACGUCACAACGGAUAUGGAGCACAUCUCCUGCUACGCCGACAACGGUUACGGCAUCCCAAUGCAGGCUGCCAAGAAGGUCAACAUAAGCUUUGCUCCUCGCAUUCAGGCCUCGGGCAUUACGGUGGCAUCGGUGGGAGAGUCCGUGGACCUGAAGUGUACUAUUCGUGCCCGACCCAUCCCAAAGACCAUGUUCUGGCGGGAUCACGACGGACGAGUCCCAGUGAUACAGGGCGGCAACUAUGAUAUGUCCAUGAAGAAUGACGUUGACGACAACUCUCUGUACGUGAUGACACUGACGAUCGCCAAGCUAAGCUCGCAGGAUGUUGGUGAUUAUUUCUGUCAUGCCGAAAACGCCUUAGGUUCCUCCACCCGAGCGGUAUCGGUGCGUAUACGCAAUACAGCUGCCUCGUCUAACAUUUCCGAGUGCUGUAUGGCACAGAACGUAUCGUCGGCUUGCAUGAGCGCGUGCUCGUUCUACAUCGACAUCGAAAGCGUAAUCGAUCGGCCAGAGUGCAUUGUGGACUUUGACAAGCUGAUGCGCUGUGCAGCGGAUGGUUCGGACCAUCGAGGCUGCUGUGCCUCGAAGGAUGUGCCGAGACGCUGCCUAAAUUGGUGUCGCGGUGAACCGAUCACUCCGCCCGGUAUCUGUGCCCUGCAGCAUACGCGCACGAUCGUUGGCUGCUUCCAGGAGAAUCGUGACCGUUUGCCGGGACCACCGCAAAAUCUCAAGGUGCAGGUGUUGAGCGACGAGGAAGUACUUAUUCGAUGGGAUCCACCAGCAAAGAACCCAAGCACCGUGGAAGGUUAUCGGGUGUUUUGGCACGAUCUCGAGCCAGUUACGGAUAAUCUGUCGAACGUCAUCAACGGACUCGCCACGAGCCGGCUGGACGCGAAGGAAACGAGCAUUAAGCUGGAAGGGCUGAAACCGAACGUCAUGUACGAGCUCGUGAUCAAGGCGGGCAACCAUUUGGGUGCUUCGGUACUUUCGGAACCGCUACGAUUUACGCUCGGUGAUCAGCACAUCACCAGCGCAUCGCACGGCACGAACGCCGGCGUGAUCAGUGGCAUCGUUGCCGGUUUGCUCGCGAUCGUUCUUGCGAUCGCGGCCAUAUUUGUCGUUAAGCGUGGAAAGUUUGGACCGAAGCAAGCAAACGGGGGCGUUGCGUUCGAAAAUCCGAGCUACCUUCGCGAGAUGAAUGUCGAGCAUGUGCAGAUUCCAGCGGUUUCUGGACAGGGGGUAGGCAAUGGAGCGGAUUGGCGGCAGGAAUCCUUGCACACAGCGAACGGUACUGCCACGACCGGGCUCAACCAUGACAAUUCCGUCGUCCCGAUGGCCACCGAGGUUAACCCAUCGCUGUACGAGGAGCUCAAGCUGGGCCACGAUCGUGCCGGGUUCAAGCGAUUGGUGUCCUAGGAAACGAUGAUCGCCGACCCGGAUAAACCGCUGGUCGGAGGUGGCACGGUACUUGUACAUACCAGUGGACAGUUUUAGAUGUGAUCAUCGACCUGUGCCGGUGUGCGGCCACCUGUGCACGCCCACCGGUUCGGGCUCGAUACGUAGUUGAAAGCCGAUUUGUAUUUUGUA